ACUGCCAACCCGCUCAAAAACCCUACCUCAGGUGCUCAAACACUCUCUAGCUCUCUUCUGUAUUUUGAUUUCCGAACGUUUGAGUUGUACAGAAACCAAGGGAUAUACUACUAUGCUACACUGAUUCAAAUUUUGUACUCCUUCUACCUCGAAUCCCAGAGCGUUUCUGCACCCAAUUCCGCUCCCCAAAUUUUGUUUUAGGGUUCCACACAAGAUGACAAUGGAGGAGGACGUCGUGCUGCGCGACGUCACCAAUGCUGGCGUUGUCAUCAGCGACCGCAUUUCUAGAGAAGUUGCCACUCAACUUGAUCUUGAGGAAGCGCUGGAAGCUUCCAGAUACGCUAGCGAUCCGUAUACAACCCACCCUAGAGAGUGGCCCCCUCUGGUGGAAGUGGUAGAUACUUGGGAGUUGCCUCAAGUGCUUAUAGAAAGAUAUAAUGCCGCCGGCGGGGAAGGAACUGCCUUAUGUGGAAUAUUUCCGGAAAUACGAAGAGCUUGGGCAUCUGUUGAUAAUUCUUUAUUUCUUUGGCGAUUUGACAAGUGGGAUGGUCAAUGUCCUGAGUUUAAUGUGGAGGAGCAAGCCAUCUGUGCCGUUGGCCUCACCAAAUCCAAGCCUGGUGUUUUUGUUGAAGCAAUACAAUAUCUUUUAAUUCUAGCUACGCCAGCAGAGUUGAUUCUUGUAGGAGUAUGCUCUUCUGGUGGUGUUGAUGGUACGGAUCCGUAUGCAGAGAUUUCACUCCAGCCUUUGCCAGAGUAUACUAUAACAUCAGAUGGAGUCACUAUGACCUGCAUCACUUGUACUGACAAAGGACGAAUUUUUUUGGCUGGCCGUGAUGCCAACAUUUAUGAACUUCAUUACACUUCUGGUUCUGGUUGGCAAAAGCGUUGUCGUAAAAUUUGCCUUACUUCUGGUUUAGGAAGUGUGAUAUCAAGAUGGGUUGUGCCAAAUGUAUUCAAGUUUGGAGCUGUUGAUCCCAUUGUUGAAAUGAUCUAUGAUAGUGAAAGAUGCAUUUUAUAUGCAAGAACUGAGGAAAUGAAAGUUCAAGUAUUUGUGUUGGGACCCAAUGGUGAUGGACCGCUUAAGAAAGUAGCAGAAGAAAGAAAUCUGAUCAAUCAGAGAAAUGGAAUGUAUGGAAGUAGACAGUCAAAAGGACCUAGAACUAUGAAUCGGUCGGUAAUGCCAUCUAUUGUCUGCAUGUCACUCUUAUCUACAGUUGAAUCGAAGUCAUUGCACCUUCUAGCAGUUCUAUCAGAUGGUAGAAGAAUGUAUUUGACUACUUCACCAUCAAACGGAAACUUGGGUGCAUAUAAUUCCAGCCAUCAGACACCAAGUUGUUUAAAAGUCGUGGCUACAAGGCCUUCUCCUCCUCUAGGUGUUGGUGGGGGUCUUACAUUUGGUGCCAACUCUGUUUCUGGUAGACCUCAAAAUGAAGAGCUGUUGUCAAAGGUCGAGACAGCAUUUUACUCUGCUGGAAAUCUAGUCCUCUCUGAUUCAUCACCACCAACUGUAUCUUCCCUUCUCCUUGUUAGCAAGGAUCCGGCAGCACAAUCCUCCAUGUCUGGUACUUCGUCCUUAAAUGCAAGGACUUCUUUUGCUUUAAGGGAAACUGUUUCUUCUCUUCCUGUUGAAGGUCGAAUGCUUUUUGUAGCAGAUGUUUUACCCUUACCAGAUGCUGCAGCCACUAUGCAGUCUUUAUAUUCACAGAUUGAAUUUGGGGUGUCGGAUUUCCCAGAUGAGCAUAGUGAAAAAGCAGUUGGAAAACUGUGGGCAAGAGGAGAUCUAUCUACCCAACACAUAUUACCUAGGAGGAGACUUGUUGUAUUCAGUACCAUGGGCAUGAUGGAGAUAGCUUUCAACAGGCCUGUAGAUAUUUUGAGAAGGUUGUUUGAGUCUAAUUCGCCAAGAUCAAUUUUAGAAGACUUCUUCAAAAGGUUCGGAGCUGGUGAAGCAGCUGCCAUGUGUCUAAUGUUGGCUUCAAGGAUUGUCCAUUGUGAAAGUCUCAUAACCAAUGUCAUUGCAGACAAGGCAGGUGAAGCUUUUGAGGAUCCGAGAAUAGUUGGAAUGCCUCAACUUGGAGGCAGUACUGCCUUGUCAGACUCAAGAACUGCUGCUGGUGGGUUUAGCAUGGGUCAGGUUGCUCAGGAGGCUGUGCCAGUUUUUUCAGGUGCACAUGAAGGACUUUGCUUAUGCUCAUCAAGAUUGCUUUUUCCACUCUGGGAACUUCCUGUCGUGGCGGUUAAAGGUAUCUCAGAUUCCGCAAAUACUUCACACAAUGGACUAGUUGCAUGUAGACUUUCUGCUGGAGCCAUGCAAAUCCUUGAGAACAAGCUCCGUGCUCUUGAGAAGUUCCUAAGGUCGAGAAGGAACCAGCGAAGAGGUCUUUACGGUUGUGUAGCUGGCUUGGGAGAUGUUACAGGUUCAAUUCUUUAUGGUACUGGUUCAGAUCUUGUUUCUAGUGAUCGGAAUAUGGUGAAAAGCAUUUUUGGUACAUACUCAAGAAACAUGGAAUCUGCUGGGACUGGAGCUUCUAAUAAAAGGCAGAGAUUACCUUACAGCCCUGCUGAGUUGGCAGCCAUGGAGGUUAGGGCAAUGGAAUGUAUCAGGCAGCUGCUGCUGAGAUCUGCUGAAGCUUUAUUUUUGCUUCAGCUUCUUUCUCAACACCACUUAACACGCUUGGUUCAGGGCUUAGAUGAUAGUUUUAGGCAGGCAAUAGCUCAAUUGACUUUUAAUCAGCUUGUUUGUUCAGCAGAGGGCGAUAAUCUGACUACAAGACUUAUAUCUUCUCUAAUGCAGUACUAUACUGGUCCUGAUGGCAGGGGAACUGUAGAUGACAUUAGUGGGAGAUUAAGGGAAGGCUGUCCAAGCUACUUUAAAGAGUCUGACUAUAAAUUUUUCUUAGCCGUGGAGUGUCUGGAGAGAGCUGCUGUAACUCUUGACCCAAUGGAGAAAGAGAAUCUUGCUAGGGAAGCCUUUAAUUGUCUGAGUAAAAUUCCAGAGUCUGCGGAUUUACGAACUGUAUGCAAACGCUUUGAGGAUUUAAGAUUCUAUGAAGCUGUAGUUCGUUUGCCUCUGCAGAAGGCCCAGGCUCUUGACCCUGCAGGCAAUGCUUUCAAUGAUCAAAUUGAUUUGGCUGCUCGAGAACGCGCACUUUCUGAGCGUGAGCAAUGCUAUGAGAUUAUUAUAAGUGCUCUACGUUCACUAAAAGGUGAUGUCUCACUGAAGGAAUUUGGGUCUCCUAUGAAGCCUGCUGCUUCAAGGUCCAUUCCUGAUAUGGCAUCACGUAGUAAAUAUAUAUGCCAGAUUGUUCAGCUUGGAGUUCAAUCCCCGGACAAAAUUUUCCAUGGUUACUUGUAUCGGUCGAUGAUUGAUUUGGGGCUUGACAAUGAAUUGUUAGAAUAUGGGGGACCAGAUUUGGUACCGUUCCUUCAAAAUGCUGGACGGCAUCCUAUACAAGAGGUUCGAGCUGUCUCAGCUUUAACAGCUGGGGCUUCUCCAAUUGGCCAGUCUGGAGCAGUUGGCGCAUCAAAUGAAGCCAAAUUUUUUGAUCUCUUAGCUCGCUACUAUGUUAUGAAGCGGCAACAUUUGCUUGCUGCUCAUGUGCUGCUAAGAUUAGCUGGUAGACGCUCUUCUGAUCCUGGGGAUGUUCCUACUUUGGAGGAGAGGUGCCAAUACUUGAGCAAUGCAGUUUUACAAGCAAAGAAUGCAAACAGUAGCAAGGGGUUGGCAACUUCUACCCCUGAUACCUUAGACAAUGGAUUGCUUGAACAGCUUGAAGGGAAACUUGCUGUUCUUCGUUUCCAGAUGAAAAUUAAGGAGGAACUGGAGGCUUUAGCUUCAAGAAUAGAAGCCGUGCCAAGUACAUCUGAUUCAGUCCAAAAUGAAAUGAUCCCAGAUAAUGAUUUGGUUGCUAAUUCCAGUAUUGCAAAUACAGCUCGGCAAAAGGCCCAAGAGCUCUCAUUAGAGUUAAAGACUAUAACUCAGCUAUAUAAUGAAUAUGCCGUUCCAUUUGAGCUAUGGGAGAUAUGUUUGGAAAUGUUGUACUUCGCAAACUAUUCUUCUGAUGACAAUACUAGUAUUGUCAGAGAAACUUGGGCUCGAUUAAUUGACCAAGCUCUUUCUACUGGUGGCAUCGCUGAAGCUUGUUCAGUACUUAAAAGGGUUGGCUUCCACAUUUACCCCGGCGAUGGAGCUGGAAUACCUUUGGAGUCUCUUUGUCUUCACCUUGAGAAGGCUGCAUUGGAGAGAUUAGAUUCAGGUGUUGAAUCUGUUGGGAACGAUGAUGUUGCAAGAGCCCUCGUUGCUGUUUGCAAGGGUGCAACUGAGCCCGUAUUGAAUGCUUAUGAUCAAUUGCUGUUGAAUGGUGCAAUGCUGCCCUCACCCAAACUCAGGUUACGCCUCCUCCAAUCUGUGUUAGUGGUACUCCAUGAGUGGGCUAUGUCCAUAUCUUCACAGACUAUGGGUAGAAGUGCAACUGCAGCAUCUCUGGUUCUUGUUGGAAAUUACUCUUUGGAUCAAAUAGCUAUUGCCAACCAAGGGGUUCGGGACAAGAUAGCCAGUGCUGCAAACAGAUAUAUGACUGAGGUUCGUAGGUUAGCCCUUCCACAAAACCAAACUGAGGCUGUCUAUCGAGGCUUUAAGGAGCUUGAAGAGUCACUAGUUAGUUCCUUUUCUUUUAGUCAAUUUUGAUUUAUAUAAUCUUUGUUGUUGUACCAAAUGUUUGAGGCUUCAAUUGAUUUUUUCAAGAUGCAAGGGUAGAUUUUUCAUGGCUGAAGUAGCUUCUGUAACCCUAUACUUGAUGCUGCAAUGUAAUAUUAUCAAAAGGUAGUUAAUGAUGCAGUGUAAUGUUGAAUAAUAGAAACUUCUUACUUGUGUUGGCGUGUUGAUGCAUGUAAAGCUAUCAUAACUGUCGCUUUGGUUCA